AUGAGGGAAAAUAAGGGUAGGACAGCCUCUGAUCACAAAAAAAUCGAGAGGAAAGAAUAUGGUAUUUUUAGAAUCACAAAAGACCACAUAGAGUUCGAGGCCAUUGAAACAGAUUGCAAAUUGGAAGGACCAAAUGGAAGCAAAGAUUUGAAAGAUAGUUUGAAAUUAGGAAAAGUGAUAAAGGAUAUGUUUACACAACUUAUUGCUGAAUUAGAUGUUGCCAGACAAUUACAAGUUUUUGGUAUAUUAAAUGAAGGUAAUUGA